UUUACAUUGCGUAAAAAAGCUAUUAUUUUGCGCGUCCACGGAGCUCCUCCGACUGGGUACGAGUCUGUUCCGAUGGCAUGUCCCCCAUAUUAUCCAAAUGGCAACUUUCCUCGAGCACUUUCCAUUCCGAACGAACGAUCCUCCCCUCAAAAGGACAUUGAUCGAUCGACAAAAUGUCUGACAAUCUUCAAGAUAUUACCGGGCCUAUUAUCGUUGUUGCUCAUGUAGUACUUCGAAACCUGGAAAAAGAGGACGUAGUUGCUGAUCGAAUCUCCAAACUUCGUGACUACGCGCUCUCUGACAAGGAACCAGGCACUCUCGCUUAUCGAAUCGCAAGAUUUGGGGGAAAGUUUACGAUUUUUGAAGAGUAUAAGAACGCAGAGGCUUUCAAGCACUGGUCCGGUAUCCGACCUGGCCGCUGAGAAAGAUGAGCUCCUUGAAUCGAUGGAAUGGGGCUAUUACAGUGAAUUCUGAGUCGCAGUUUCGCAGAAA